ACAUUUAAAGUGGAAAAGAAUAACGUAGCAUAAGCAGCAAGUCGUAAAUAUAUUUCGGCAUCUUUUGUAAAUAUUUUCUGUUCAUGUUCUUACUCUCAGUUUCGUCAUCGAUUUUUUUCUUCGAAAAUUAAAAUUAACGGUUAAGUUCUAAUAAUAAUAAUAUUAUUAUAUGGAAGAGAGAUUUAUAACUAAGCAACUGAUAAUAGAAUUCCUCACAAAGUAAGGAUCACUAGAUAAAAGAGAAAGACUGCAUAAAAAUUGCUACAACAAUGGCAUCUCAAGGAACAAGCAGAGAAUUUGUUGAGAAUUGGAAUAUCACACAGACAUUGGGUGAAGGCGCUUACGGCGAAGUAAAACUUUUAAUAAAUCGAUUAUCCGGUGAGGCUGUAGCAAUGAAAAUGGUUGACUUAAAGAAACAUCCAGACGCAAAAGCAUCAGUAAAGAAGGAAGUGUGCAUACAAAAAAUUCUCUCACACGAAAAUAUUUUAAAAUAUUUUGGCACGAGAACGCAGGGAUCAAUCGAAUAUAUUUUCUUAGAAUAUGCAGCUGGUGGUGAAUUGUUCGAUCGAAUCGAACCCGAUGUUGGCAUGGAAAUAACAGCAGCGCAACGUUACUUUAAUCAAAUUUUAUCGGGUGUCGAAUACCUCCAUUCCCGAGGUGUAGCUCACAGAGACUUGAAGCCUGAAAAUAUUCUACUUGAUGAUGGUGAUAACAUAAAAAUCUCCGAUUUCGGCAUGGCGACCGUGUUUAGAUUGAAAGGCAAAGAAAGAUUAUUGGAUAAAAAAUGUGGAACGUUGCCUUAUGUAGCACCCGAAAUACUUGUUAAGCCUUACAUGGCACAGCCAGCUGAUAUAUGGUCAUGUGGCAUUAUCCUUGUUACGAUGAUGGCAGGAGAACUUCCAUGGGAUCAGCCUUCAUCGGGAUGUAAAGAAUAUUUAGCUUGGAGAUAUAACAAACACAUGUUUAUGACACCUUGGAGUAAACUUGACACUCUGUCGCUUAGCUUCAUCAGAAAAAUUCUCAACCCCAUUCCUGAGAAACGUUUAACGCUUGAAAAUAUCAAACAACAUAAAUGGAUCCAAAAUCCACUUCUGACAACAAAAGUGUCACCACUAGAUAUGACGGAUGGAAUGUCGCCAUUGAACAAACGCCUCAAAUCAAUUCAAGAUCUCAAUUCAAGUUUUGAUGAUAUCAAUGGAAGAUGUUACCAAUCACAACCUGCGCCUUCAGUUUUGUUCUCACAAAAUAAUCAGCAUCAGAUGUCUGUGGAAGCUCGAAACAAUUAUUGCUUUAGUCAACCAGCAAUGCUUGAUGAUUUACUUCUCUGCACACAACAAAAUGCUACUCAGGGAUCGACAUUUGGCAAUCCAUUCCAAAGACUUGUGAAAAGAAUGACAAGAUUUUUCGUUUCUACAAAAUGCGACGAAACUAUUAAACGUUUAACAACGGUGCUAGAUAGACUAGGAUUUACUUGGAAAAUAAAUGAAGACAGUUCGGUUACAAUUUCAACUCUUGAUGGACGAAAACUUCAACUUACUUUUAAAGCUAAUUUCCUCGAAAUGGAUGGAAAAAUACUUUUGGAUUUUAGACUUUCAAAAGGCUGUGGGCUCGACUUCAAACGAAAAUUCGUCAAGAUUAAAAAUUCCAAAGAAAUUGAUGAUGUUGUUCUAAAUAUUCCAGUUAACUUCACUUUGGCAAACUCAGUUUGUUAAUCAUCUCUGACAAUUUCCAUUAUGAAUGAUUAAGAAUUUAGAAACUUUUAAGAAUAAAAAUGUUUUAUAUGAAAAUUUAUGUUUUUAACUUUAUUUGUUUUUAUGCUUUUCAGUUGUUUUUCCAAGUGUC